AGAUGGCCAUCACGCAUGGUGGUAUGUAAUUGAGGCUGCUUAGCAGCAAAGACACGCUUGAGCGGACCGUUUGUGGGUGACUGGCUGGUCGGACAGGGGUCAUGGCGCCGGGAACAGGGGCUCCUCUGCUAAUUUUCCAGUGCCAGCACUGUAAUGCAAUCCUGGGAGACUCCUUAUCUUUGGUGGCCACAGACGAGGAGCUGAGGACUAUCACACUGCGAGGCGCAUCAUCGAUCGUUAUUCUAGAGGAGCAGCCUCGCACCUAUGAAGAGGGCAAAGCAGCUGGAAGUACCUUCCUGACUAUCAAGUGCAAGAGCUGUCGAACGGACGUCGGCGGUGUCUUCAUCACCACCCCUCGGAACCUGGACGGCAUCAGGGAUCUUCUCUCACUUGACGCCCAGAAAAUAAGCAGUUACGCCCUGGGGUCCCCUGAGGUGCUCGCCUCCGCUCCAAAUGACGCCCCCGCCCCCCCAGCCAUACUCGACCCUUUCACCAGCUCUGCAAAGAUUCUGCGGAUGGAGUCGGAGCUUCUCAAGGUCGAGAACAUGAUCUUGCUCCACAGCGAGCGGCUCGACCAACUAGAAGGGGCGGGACGGGACUUGCCAUCCACCGCAGGGGACGAAGAAACGAACGACCGUCGCGGUGAGGGCCUCGAAGGAGGAGCGCAAGCGAUGGAAGAGGCCAAAGUGGCACAAGGAACAGGUCAACCUGAUGGCCGGCUCGAGAACCCCGUAGCACUAGGGGAGCCAGGUUCUAAACCUGAAUUGCAUCCUGCUGGCCGUGGCAAGAGAGGGUUAGAAGCGGACGAGUUGCCAUUGACAAGACAAAGACGAAAAGGCACACGUGCAUGACUAGGAUUGUUGACUCGUAAAUGCAUGCGUCAAUCUAUGGCAUACGUUGAGAUUGUAUUGAGGUGUUUGUUGGCACUGCGCACAGCGACAGUAGCGCACCUUCAAUGGACUUGUAGUCACAAGAUAAACGAAUUCGAGCCCAUACUGGUACUGAUGGUCCUACAGAUCCAUUGUAAGAGCACUGCUACAGCGGAGCACCCAUGUUUGGCACUCAGGUGCGCAUGGUUCGUAUACGGUUUAGUGCUAGCUUUGAUCUUUGUCAACUCACAAUGUGAUUAUUGGUCGGACCCCGGCAUGACAUAAACGGUUUGACGAUGCAAGUUGAUGCACGCGAGAAAUUACC